UUAUAGUUUCUUUUCGAGAAAAAUGGCUGCGCCCAUGAAAAUGAUAAGAACGUCAGUUAGACACGGUUUAUUCCAAAGAUUGUGGAAAAAAGCAAGCAUUUUAGGAACAGUAAGAUGUUUACAUUUGCAAGAAUAUCAGAGUAAAAAAUUAAUGCAGGAUAAUGGAAUAUCUGUACAAAAGUUUGUUGUGGUUAGCAAUUUUGAGGAAGCUGAACAUGCUACAGAUCAUUUAGACGUGAAAGAGUAUGUGAUUAAGGCACAGAUUUUAGCUGGUGGUCGGGGUAAAGGAGUUUUCUCAAAUGGCUUCCAGGGAGGUGUACAUUUAACUACAGAAAAAAAAAAAGUGCCACAUAUAGUAGAAAAUAUGUUGGGGAGUAAACUAAAGACAAAACAGACUGUUGGUGAUGGUGUGCUUGUACAGAAGGUAAUGGUAGCUGAAGCUUUGGAUAUAGGAAGAGAAGCAUAUUUUGCCAUAUUGAUGGAUCGUACCUAUAUGGGACCAGUUAUGAUUGGUAGUCGGCAUGGUGGAGUAGAUAUUGAAGAAACAUCUGCUACUGACCCUGAUUCCAUUGUGAAGGAGCCGGUAGAUAUUCUUACUGGUAUAAAAGAUGAACAAGCCCUAUCUAUGGCCAAGAGGUUAGGUUUUGGAGGUGUUCAUUUACAAGAGGCUGCAGAUCAGAUAAAAGGUCUAUAUAACCUAUUUAUAAAGGUUGAUGCAUCACAGGUAGAGAUCAAUCCAUUUGGUGAAACACCAGAUGGCAGAGUUGUGUGUUUUGAUGCCAAGGUAAACUUUGAUGAUAAUGCAGCUUACAGACAGAAAGAAAUUUUUGCCAUGGAUGACAUGUCAGAGACAGAUCCUAGGGAAGUGGAAGCUACCAGAUUAAAACUAAAUUAUAUUGGAUUGGAAGGCAGUAUAGGUUGCCUUGUAAAUGGUGCUGGACUUGCCAUGGCUACCAUGGAUAUUAUAAAAUUACAUGGAGGUGAACCUGCUAACUUCCUGGAUGUUGGAGGGGGUGUAUCAGAACAGCAAGUUCAUGAUGCUUUUCAUCUUCUCACAGGGGAUGCUCACGUAAAAACAAUUCUAGUCAAUGUUUUUGGUGGCAUUGUUGAUUGUGCUACUGUAGCCAAAGGUAUUGUCGAAGCCUGUAAAAAGAUAAAUCUACAGUUGCCACUGGUUGUCAGACUUGAAGGUAGAAAUGUAGAGGCUGCUAGGAAGAUAAUGAAAGAAAGUGAUUUAGACAUACAAGUUGCUGAUGGCUUUGAUCAUGCCGCACAACUGGCUGUACAGAAUGCACAAGCAUAUAUUCAAGCUGAAAAAUCGUGAUCUGAUGACAGUUUAGGAUUUUUACAAUAGAUUAAUUGAUGACUGUGAUCUUUUUAUAAUUAACAGUAAAUUAUGUGGCAAAUUUAUAUUUAAUCAGGGUGAUGUAGGUUAUAGGUUGGUUGUAGACUUUACACUGAAGAAAUGUAUUCUUAAGGAUGUUUGCUACUCUGUUUCAAAAUAAUAAUGCCUUUUUAAAAACUAUAUGUAAUAAAAUUAUGAACAGGAAAGUAGUGGUUAGCGGGCAAAAUUUGUUAAUGGCACCACUUGGAUAAAACCAGAGAAUUCCGAAUAUCUGACAAAAAGUCAAAAUCAAGACUAGAGAACAUCCUUAAAUUAGGUAUACAAUCUUUAUGGGAGGGAAUUAGUUUCUCAAAUUAGGGUAAAAAAAGAUUAGAUUUAACAGCAAUAUAUCCAAUUAGUAUUUUAAUUCAUUUAAAUCCUUUGUUAUUGUUUACUGUAUUUUUCACUUCACUCUGAGUCUCUUACAGCAUACAGUUAAGAAUUAAUGGACCAAAGAGUUGAAAAGACUUUGUUCCUUUGAAGUUGUGUAUUUUUAUAAUGAAUGUGUAUUAUGCAUGAAGUUUUAUAAAUCUAUUAUUUAUAUCAUUUUAUACCAUACUGUUCACAUUUUGAUAUGGUUAUGUCACAAGUUGUAUUUUGUCCUUUUGGCAGCACACAUUCCUUUUACUGAAAUUCACACAACUAGUAAUUAUACCGCCGCUUUAAAAAAGUGGGGGUAUACUGUUUUACCUCUGUCUUAUUCAUCCAUCCGUCAGUCCGUUUGUCCGUCCGUCCCAUGAAUAUUUUCGUUGCAUCUUUCUCAGGAACUACAUUUCUGAAAUUUGGUUUCAGGGUUUAUAUAAGUCAGCUAUACUGUGUGAUGCGUUUUCAGAUUCAUUACUCAACAACUUCCUGUUAACCGUACACUUGUAUCAUUUUACACAUGAUAGCCAAGUUGAAAAUUUUCGUCACAUUUUCCCCAGGAACUACAAUACAAGGAUUUUUGAAAUUUGGUUUCAGGGUUUAUAUAAGUCAUCUGUACGGUGUGAUGCGUUUUCAGAUUCAUCACUCAACAACUUCCUGUUUACCGAAAUAUUUGGGCGGGGGUAUCAUCAGGGAGCAGAAGCUCGCAGUUUCACUUGGUUUUUAUACGCCCGUUUAUGGGACGUAUUAUAUUAUCGUUGACCUUCUGUCCAUCCGUCUGUCUGUCGUCAACAUGUCAGACAUUAAUUCAAAAACGCUUUAACCAAUAUGCAUGAAACUUUGGUGAAUUGUUUAUAUCUAUUGACGUGAGGUCCCUUUCGUUUUUUAUAAAUUUCGGAUUUAUCAUUUUUUUUGUUUCAACUACAACACUUGUGGCUUUAGGCAAGACAUAUGUUGUUAAUAUAGCAGCUGUGUUGACUAUUUGUAUAAUUAAUAUCAAAGAAGGAGAACAAUUUAUAUCUUGUUUGUAGAUGACUUUUGGUCGUUUCAGUCUGGCAUAUGUCAGUAAUUUCAUAUUUGAAUAACUUGUUUAAGUGAAUAUCUAGCUUUUUACUUGCAUCAGUUUCCUAGAUCAUGUAAAUGAUAGGGCAAAUGUAUAUGUUUAUCUGACCUUGAACUAAUUUUCAUGGUUCAUUGGCCACAAUCUGCUUUGGGCUUAGGACAACCAAUAAGUAAAUCUAUUGGUAACUAAAAGGUCAACUGAAGUUAAUCUUUAAAAUCAUUGCAAAGUGUUAAUUGAACCUGACAGGAGCAUCCUUACCAUGACCUCAUGUUCAUGAUUCAUUGAUUCACUAUGAAUUUUAUUGAUUAGGUCAGUUCUGAAUUACUGUAUUUGUUAAACUUAGUAUCUAAUAUCUGUAUAUAUGAUUGCAAUGGUUGAUUCUUUUUUUGUUAAUUGAAGUUUAACAUUAUAUCAUAGAAUUUCAAGGUCUCUGUAACUGAGUGGUCUAAGUAGUUGUACUACUGUUUCACUAGCCUGUCAACACUGAGGUUGUGAUUUCGAAUCCCGCACAUAUUAAUUGACUAGGAUUGUCAGUUUUCCUCCGAUCAGGUCAAGGUUCUCUCUGGGCACUCUGGCAUCUUCAACCAAUGAAAACUGACCACCACCAAAUAGCAAAAUAGUGCUGAAAGUGGUGUUAAACACCAACCAAUCAAUCAAUCAAUCAAUCAUAGAAUUUCAACAUAUUAUUUAGUCAUAAUUCAUUGGGAAGAUGAGACAUUUCUGUACAUCAACUUUUUGUAAUCUUAUAGAUUAAGACCAUUGUUUUAAGUUAAAAAGUAGUUCAAGUUGACUAAUAGACAUGUAUGCAAAUUAAUGGGAAUUAUUUUAGUUGAUCUUUACUUUAUAUAAAGCAUUGACAUUUACACCACAAAUAGGGCAAAAAUAGAGAUUAUGGUGAAAAGUGACAAAAUAUUCUGGAUUUCAACCACAUUGAUGUGUAGGUAACAUAGAGCACAGGGUUCAACAAAUUAAAUAUUCCAGUCAGAUAUGUAAUUUGAUGAAUAAAACAUUAUGUCAAAACUUUUUUUUGACAUAUGCCUGUAUGUUUCCAGUCCUAAAAACCAAUGGAGAUUGACUUGGUUUUUAUUUAAUUUUGUAAACCAUCAAAAGUUGUGCUAUUUGUGAUGGCUUGAAAAGAACGCUGAUUCCUAAUUUUUCAACAAACAGACUUACAUGUAUUUCCUAACUAGUAAUUGUUUUAACUAUUAUUUAUUUAAGAAAUGGUCAAUAAAUCCUUAUUUGAAAUUUUAGCUAGUAAUAGGGGGCUGUAUGGGAGCCUUAUUGAAAUACUCCUUUAUAGGGAGAACACUGCCAGUGGUGAUAGUGGGUCAUUAAUUUACUUUGUCAAAACAUUUAUCUUUCAGUUAUCAGUUCUAUUGAUUUGUUUCAUUUUGCAUGUACUUAUGAUUACAUCAAUAAGAAACUACUCAGGGACAAUUUGUUGUAGGAUAUGCCAAUGUAGUUAUAAGAGGUUGUAAUUUCAAAGUUUGUAAUAUAGUUUUUUAAAUCAAGAAUUUUUUCUUGUAUUUGUAAAGAAUUGAAAGUCUUUUUGUGUCAAUGUACAUCCAAUCAAAAUUCUUUUUCCAAAUCAAACUAUCUUUGUUUUUUUUAGAAACAUCUGAUUUGAUACCUUUUCAAAGUCAGCAUUUGAAUCCCACAUGUAGCAGGUGCAUUUGACUCCAAUCUUAAUUGACUAGGAUUGUCAGUUUUCCUACUGAAGGUUUGUGGUUCUCUUUGGGCACUCCAGCUUCCUCCACCAAUAAACAAUGACUGCCACAAAAUAUCCAUUAAUGCUGAAAGUGGCAUUAAACACCAAUCAAUCAAUCAUUAUAUUCAGUGAAUGGAAAGGACAGCAAAAUUUUGCAAGAAACAACCACAACAUAUAUCAUAAUCAGACAUGAAAUAAAUGUUUCAAUGAAGCAAAAAUGUUAACUCUUUUAAAGAAUAAAUUUCUAAACAAUAUGAUUGGAUACAGGACUUAAACUGUACUGAAAUCCGUAUUUUUUUAGGACUACCUAUAUUUACCAUCUGUUUCACUUUUAACAGUAAAAACAAUACACAUUUUAAACAAACAUUUCAUAAGUACAGGAUAAUAUGAUUCAUUAUAUAACAAAUCAUAAGGGAAAUUACUAAUCUUGGACAAAUAAAAUUUGCAAGAAAUUUGAGUCUAUCUAAAUGGUAUCAUAACAGUUGUUUUCAGUAAAAUUAAAAACUGUGUUCAACAUCUACUGAGGAAUGUCAAAAAGUUUCUUACUGAACUGUUCAUUUCAUAAUUUUUGUAAUCUCUACUUCCUCAUUCUCGAUAUUUUUCUUGUAUCUAUUUUUCUUUGCUAUUAAAUCAGAGAAACAAAUUUGUUGAUUAAUAAAGAAAAUGGUUUUAUUA